UCGCAUACGGAGACGGGCGGAGAGUUGCGGAUGUCAGUGUUAAAAAGUGCGGACUUCCAGGAGAGCAUGUGUCCCGGCCGGUGAUUACAGAACCUCGGGGUAAGACAUUAGACGGUCAUCCACUUCCGGUGCUCGGUGGAUGCCUGCAGUAGCUGAUUGUCUUGAUUAUUUGUGACUCCCUGAACCGGGAAAUCGAUCCCACCCUCGCCGUGUCCGGUUAGCCGAGGAAGACAGUCGAGACGAUGUAAACAGCUGGUGCCGGCAGCUUCGGAACCUGAAAGUCUAGUACCUGGCUGGUGCUCAACGUGUCUGUUUUCUGUGUCAACACUGCCACCACUGUAUCAUGCACUAGUCUGUGUAUCAGGUGGCAGCACAUGUAGCGACUAUCAGCACAUAGGUAGAGUACAUCUAGAAGUCAACACAUCCACUUCAGUUUUAUGAAAAUUGGAGAAAAUAUACAAUUUAUAAUUUGUACAAACUGAACAGAAUGAAUAUGAAAGACUUUAUGAACGCCUUCUGCAAUGACGUGAAGCAAACAUUAGCUACUGUACAAACGACAUACGUUGUCCAUACGACAGAGUGUAAGAGUUGAUCGUGAUCUAAUCAACAAAUCAACACAACAACCUCUCGUUGGGACUAUAAGCUGCUCACAACACAAGACAUCAGCGUAUUCUGUGAGUGCUGAUAUCUUCUGUGUGAGAAGACUUUGAGCGAGGAUAUCUCCCGUGUAGCGAGACGAUUCACCUGAAAUGGGAAACGCCCCUGUGUCGUGUCUGACGGAUGGUGGGGAGGUGAUGCACCUGAACAAGUACCUGACCCAGCGGCAGCUGCAGCUAGUGCAGGACACCUGGGACAUCAUGAAGCAGGACCUGCCCACACUAGGACUCACAGUCUUCAUCAACCUGUUCCAGACCGAGCCAGACUUGAAGCGACUGUUCCCUAAGAUCGUACAGAUGAAUGAGAAGAAUGAGCUGGAGUGGGAUGUCGACAAGGACAUGUUGCAGAGACACGCCGUGACGGUGAUGGAGGGGCUGGGUGCGGCCGUGGAGAGUCUGGACGAUUCGGAUUUCCUCAACAGUGUCCUGGUGUCCAUAGGUCAGACGCACGUCAAGAGGAGCGUUAAGCCGCAGAUGUUGAGGCGCCUGUGGCCGUCCCUAAACCACGGGUUCGAGAAGAUGCUGGGCGAGCAGUACAACAAGGAGACCAUGGAGGCGUGGCGCCGCCUCUACAACUACAUCAGCUUUCAGAUGAAGAAAGGGAUGUCUGACCCGGAUGGGAAGGUCAUGGACGAUGAUGGAACCACGUGACCUACCUUCUUUCUUUUCUCCUCCUGUAGCUAAGAAUCAAUAAACUAUGUCAAUUACAGCAUAAGACAAUCGAAAGUUUUCACGACUGUUAAGAUUCGCUUCUUUUGUGAAUAGAAACACGGAAGUCAAAUCUGCAAAGGGAAGAUGAAAUUAGAAACAAAGGGAGACAACUUACAAGGGAGGUAACCGAAUACAUCUGAGAUGUUUUGGGUUAUACGCCUAGAAGCAAUUAAGGGGUGUUUGGUUUUUUGUGUUAGAUUUGUUAACUAAAUGUUUGUUUACAUGUAUUUAUUGCAAUAUCUUCACUGCACAAUCUUUUGUUGAAUGUAUUUGAUCUUGUUGUUACAUACGUUUCACUUAGCCUGACGCACGAAUGUUCUAGAACUACAGAGGUGACCACACGCAAAUGUAGAUACCACCUCCUCGGUCUACGCGCCUACAACCUUCUACAAUAUUCGCUUUGGUUUUAAACGUAAUAUUUUUAUCUUACUGAAAUACCACCUAAAGCUAAAAUGGACAUGUCUGCAAAUCCUAAAAUUUGUAAAACAAUAC